CAGCAGCAGUAGCAGCAGCAGCAGAAGAAGCCACAGCAGCAGUCAUGGCGUCCACAGCUGCGACCCGAACCGGAGCCGCAGCAGCUAAAGUCGUGAAGCCGAUCUUCAGCAGGGAUUUAGACGAGGCUAAGCGGAGGGUCCGUGAGCUGUACCGGGCCUGGUACCGAGAGGUCCCGAACUCAGUGGCUACAUUUCAGCUGGACAUCUCAACACGUCAGGGAAGAGACAAAGUGAGGGAGAUGUUUGACAAGAACAAGCACAUCACCGAUCCCCGAGUCAUCGACCUGCUGGUCAUUAAGGGGAAAAUGGAGCUUGAGGAAACGAUCCAAGUCUGGAAGCAGAAGACUCAUGUCAUGCGAUAUUUCAGCGAGACCCAGGAACCUCGUUCUAAUGACUUUCUGUCCAAAUUCUACAGAGGUCACGACCCGUGAACUGUACCGCCAUCAGCUGACCCCUGACCCCUUGUUCUCUGAGCCAGCUGUGACAAUUGUUCUCCUUUAUUGUAAAUACACACAUAAGACACA